AGUUGGGUCUCAUCGUCGGGCUUUCGCCCAAUUUGCUCUCUCUCCCUCCGCUACGUCUAGGGUUUUAGGUCCGAAAGAUCUGACGCUAUCUCUGCAUUCGAAGCUUUGGAAUUUUGAGGCUGUAAUGGCGAAUCGUACGGAUCCGGCGGCGAAGAGCAUACGGGGGACGAACCCUCAGAACCUGGUGGAGAAGAUACUGAGGUCGAAGAUAUACCAGAACACCUACUGGAAGGAGCAGUGCUUCGGGCUCACGGCAGAGACGCUAGUGGACAAGGCCAUGGAGCUUGACCACCUCGGAGGCACCUACGGCGGCAACCGCAAGCCCACCCCCUUCAUGUGCCUCGUCAUGAAAAUGCUCCAGAUCCAGCCCGAGAAGGACAUCGUCGUCGAGUUCAUCAAGAACGAAGAUUACAAAUAUGUACGGGUGCUCGGAGCAUUUUAUUUGCGACUUACAGGGACAGAUGUUGAUGUGUACCGGUAUUUGGAACCAUUGUACAAUGACUAUCGAAAGUUAAGGUGCAAAUUACCUGAUGGACACUUCAACUUGACACAUGUUGAUGAGGUUAUUGAUGAACUUCUGACAAAAGAUUACUCCUGUGAUAUUGCUUUGCCACGCAUCAAGAAAAGAUGGACGCUUGAAUCCAUUGGCUCAUUGGAACCUAGAAAGAGUGCUUUGGAAGAUGAUUUUGAGGAAGAGGAAGAAAAAGACGAGGAAGAUGAACUAAAUGCUGACUUAGAUACUGGUGCUCAUGAAAAGGAUUAUUACCGUGGGCGAAGUCCCACCAGGGAAAGAGAUAGGGAUAGAAGACGUGACAGUCACAGAUACAGGGAUCGUGACUAUGAAAGAGAUCGUGGAAGAGGGAGGGACAGAGACCGGGAUCGGGACAGAGACCGGUACCGCCUGAGAGAUGACAAGGAUUAUGGCCGUGAAAGAGAGCGAGACAGAGAGAGGGAAGGCAGGGAACGGGACAGGCGAGACAGGGAGCGUGGCAGGCGGAGGAGCCAUUCAAGGAGCCGAAGCAGGAGUAGAGAUCGCAAAGAUCGUGAUGGAGGGGAACAUCGCAAGAGGCAUGCGCGCAGCAGUACUAGCCCCAGAAGACGCGGGGAGGGCAUAGAGGAUGGCAGCACCCGUGAUGAGCCAAAGAAGAAGAAAGAAAAGAAGGAGAAGAAGGACGAUGGAACUGACCACCCUGAUCCGGAGAUUGCAGAAGCUAACAAGCUCCGGGCUGCACUUGGCUUGAAACCACUGAGAGUAUGAAUCUGUGUGGUUGGGGUUUUGGUUCAUUGCGGAGCCAUUCAGCCAAGCAGGUUUGUGGAUUUCUUGAAAAUGUAGAACAACUUCUUGGUGUUACGUUUUAUCCAAUGGGAAUGCAUGCAUGCAGACGCAGUUAGCUGUUAUGUUUGUAUGGGCGUGGGCGUAGUGUUUACACAUCUCUCUCUUCUUCUUCUUCUUCUUCUUCUUCUUUCUCGGUGCAUAUUACAUUAUUAUCUUUUCCCCUCCCUUUAUUUUAUAGUCAUAGUCAUGAGUUGAUGGCAGCGUAUGAGUGCAAGUAUAUUCCCACCCAUUCUCUCCUGGCAACCAACCAACAACAGAUGGGUGAGUUAGGGAGGGCUUUUGUAAAAUUAAGGGAGGGGGGGCGCGGGGGCGCUGUUGUAUUAUCUUCUAAUUUUCGGCAACUGUGUGACAGAUACUAAUAUUUGUAUCAGUAUAUGUUAGAAUGAUAUAAAAUGAAAAGAACAAAAAUGUCCUCAAA